AUUCUUUAUAAACAUUCAACUCAAUAGGAUACUCUUGAGCACUUCAUGAAUGUAGAUAUUUUUGUAUUUUUCAUACAAAAUCUUGCAGCAUUUAAUCUCAAGGGUCUCAACACCUACAAACAAAAUUCAUCACACAACUCUAACCUUUCUGUUUGUUUUUUUGACUGUCAUAUAAUCAAGAUCAGUGUUACUGUAUGACAUGUCAUGUAGUUAUGGUGAACUACAGAGAGACAGAGAGACAAUGGCUGUGUCAUUCCAGGAAGAUGCUCCAUCCCCUCUGCUCUCAUUUACUCCCCUUCACAGAUCUGAUAGGACUGGAUAUGGGAAAGCAAUAUGGUGGAAACUAGAUGGAGCUAUUGCUUACACCUUACCAGUUGUCUCAGAUCUGUGAAGCGGAGUGAACGAAGGCAGAGGGUUGUGGGGUGGGGGAGAUUUUUUACAUUUAUUUUGGCACAUUCGACAUAGCACAUGAAGGUUUCAAAACGCCAUUGCUUCCUCAUAGCUAAAUAUAUUGUUUUAAGUUCACAUUCUGUCAUUUGAGAAGAGGAUACUUGUCUUCGUGAGAAGAUGUCUUCAUUGUCUGAGUCAAACCCAAUGAGGAUUGUGCUGCUGGGGAAAACAGGAAGUGGCAAAAGCAGUGCAGGAAACACCAUCUUUGGAGGAGAUGAAGAGUUCAAGAUAGACAGUUCAGCCAAGUCCGGAACACAAAAGUGUGAAGCAAAGACCAAGGACAUCAAUGGAAGAAAGGUCACUGUAGUAGACACACCUGGACUCUUUGACACAAACAUCCCUGAAGAGGAGCUGAAACCUGAACUAGUGAAAUGUAUUGUAGAAUGUGCUCCGGGGCCACAUGCCUUUCUCAUUGUGCUUAAAGUGGAAAAGUACACAGUCCUCGAGGAAAGAGUCAUCACACAAAUCGAGAACCUUUUUUCACGACAGAUCUUUAAUUAUGCCACAGUUCUCUUCAUUUACGGUGACCAGCUUCAUGAAGGAAAAACUAUUCAUGAUUUUGUGAAAACAAAUAAGAAACUGAGUGAGCUUGUGGAGAAAUGUGGUGGCCGCUGUCACGUCAUUGACAACAAACACUGGAAUACCAGUCAGCAGGGUCAGUACAGGAACAACCAGUACCAAGUAGCAGAGUUACUCAACACCAUAGAGAGAGAGGGCGGAGGAAGAUGCUACACCAAUGAGAUGCUUCAAGCAGUGCAUGGAGUCAUACAAGCAGAGAAAGAGAGUCUUAGAGAGUCAAACAGCCAGAUGUCAGAGGAAGAAAACGAAAAACUAGCCAAGGAAAGAGCGAGAAAGAAACUCCUGAUCAAGUUGUCAGGGGUAGCAACAGGUGUAGUGGUAGGAGCGUUCCUUGGGGUUGUAGGGUCAUUAGCAGUAGUACUUUCUCUCUUAAGCAGUAUAGGAGCAGCAGCAAAAUCAGCAGCGGCAAAAGCAGCAGCAGGAGGAGUAGCGGGAGGAGGAGUAACGGCAGCAGGAGGAGGAGUAGCAACAGCAGCAGGAGUAGCAGGAGGAGGAGUAACGGCAGCAGCAGGAGGAGUAACGGCAGCAGCAGGAGGAGUAGCAACAGCAGCAGGAGUAGCAGGAGGAGGAGUAACGGCAGCAGCAGGAGGAGUAGCAACAGCAGCAGGAGUAGCAGGAGGAGGAGUAACGGCAGCAGCAGGAGGAGUAGCAACAGCAGCAGGAGUAGCAGGAGGAGGAGUAACGGCAGCAGCAGGAGGAGUAGCAACAGCAGCAGGAGUAGCAGGAGGAGGAGUAACGGCAGCAGCAGGAGGAGUAGCGGGAGCAGCAGGAGGACUAGCAACAGCAGCAGGAGUAGCAGAAGGAGUAGCAGCAGCAGGAGGAGUAGCAGCAGCAGGAGGAGUAGCAGCAGCAGCAGGAGGAGUAGCAGCAGGAGGAGUAGCAGCAGGAGGAUUAGCAGCAGGAGGAUUAGCAGCAGGAGGAUUAGCAGCAGGAGGAGAAGCAGCAGGAGUAGCAGGAGCAGUAGCAGGAGGAGUAUCUGGAGGAGGAGCAGCAGUAGGAGGAGCUGGGGCAAACAUUGGAGUGGGUACAGGGUUAGGCAUAGCUGUUGGUGUGAUAGCAGCAUUAGCAGGAGGAAUAGGAGGGGGCAUAGUUGGAGCUGCUGCAGCAGAGGAUGCACAGACACCAGGAGAGGCAGUAAAGAAAGCAGCUGGGGCAGUCUGUGAGGUGGGUAAGUAUAUCUUGGAGGAGGCAAAAGGUAUUUUGGACAGUGUACGAGGUGUGUCAGAGGGGUACAGCAAACUGAGUUUGAGUGAAGAAAAGAAGUAGCAGGAGCACUCUAGGUAUUCAGAAAACACAGGUGAAAUGAGUGAAUGAGUGUUAACAACCUCUGUUUCAAUAGUUUACUGAACACAACAGUCAGUACCAUACCACAGAAGAAGAAAAACUGUUCAAACAAAUAAUAAACAUUUCAGACAAAUCAAACCUUAUAACAUGUCAUUGUUUUAACAUAAUUAUAAUAGCACAUUUUUUAUUUCAGUGUUUUAACAGAAUUACAGUAGCAAAUGUUUGAUUCCAAUGUUAUACAGAAUUACAGUAGCAAAUGUUUGAUUCCAAUGUUAUACAGAAUUACAGUAGCAAAUGUUUGAUUGCUAUUUUCAAAUGAUUAAGUGAAAAAUGAAAAUUUCCUUUCAAUGUAAAUGAUGUAAUGAGUCAAGUAAAAAAUACCACAAAAAAACACAUUAUACUGUAUAUGUAACCGAUGUGAAAUGGCUAGCUAGUUAGUGGUGGUCCGCACUAAUAGCGUUUCGAUCGGUGACGUCACUCGCUCUGAGACCUUGAAGUAGUAGUUCCCCUUGCUCUGCAAGGGCCGUGGCUUUUGUGGAGCGAUGGGUAACGAUGCUUCGUGGGUGACUGUUGUUGAUGUGUGCAGAGGGUCCCUGGUUCGAGCCCGGGUAUGGGCGAGGGAACGGACUAAAAUGAUACUGUUCCAUUUUUAACAUGCAUGACUACAUCUCUGUUGUUAUAAUGUUGUAUGAGUUGAAUAAACUGGAGACAGAGAAGCUGCUCAUAAAAUCAUAUUUACCACAAUGUUGAUUUUAUAUCAGGAUUUCCCUUUUCACAGCUUACUAGCUUUUAGUUUAUGUAAGUGUAGUCAGUGACAUCAGCUAUUACCAGCAUUGUGGAAAUGUUAAUCUCCUUCACUCAAAAAUCUUCCUAUUUUUUUAUGAUCACUAUGGUAUUGUCUGUAUUUACUAUUUUUUAUGAUUGAGACUUUAGGAAUGUGGACUGGCAUGUAUUCUACACUGAUUUAAUUACUUGCGAAAACAAAAUAGCGAAUUGUUCACAAACUGUUGGAUUCAUUCACAUUAAAACAGUCAUUUAUUUUAAAGCAUAAGAGGUAUUUAGAGCAUAUUAGAGUUUUCCUUAUUCAGUAUCUUCAGUAUCUUGUUCAGGGCAGCUCUAUCUCGAAGGCAGAUAGUACUGUGAAAGUUUAAGUUUAGGCAAGAAAUGUGAUUGGUUGAGUUCAAACAAGCAAUUCCAAUCAUCCUGCUAUAAGAGCAGAUCUGCCUCAAGGGCAGAAAAUGAAUGUGAUUGUUUAAGUUUAGGCACAAGGAACCCACGUGUUACCCCCAUCACCCACCACCAACCCAUCACCCACCACCACCCUCCCCCACCCCCAUCACCCACCACCAACCCAUUUCCCACCACCAACCUUGCCUGGUGCAGUCGUGUAAAGUACCUAAGUAAAACAUACUCUAAAGUACUACUCUGAUGGAAAUGAUAAUGUUUGUGAUUUUCUAAUAACCAAUUUCUGUGUUAUAUUUGUGCUUUUUCUAUAAACCCAUUUCUGUGUUCAUGCAAGUGACUGAUUGAACGAAUCCUCACUAUCAGUAUCUGCAAUUUGGCAGUACGCCCAGAAACUUGUUUAGAGAAAUGGAUGUAUCAGUUUCAAGGCCUCGGCUCAGAGAGAAGAAGCCUCGUGAGGUAUUGGUCUGUCACAUGCAUGACCCAGUAUUUGUCGUCACAUGAAUGAAGCAAACAUUCAUUCUAAAUGGUGAAUAAACUAAAUCAUGCCAAUAGAACGUGCCAGUAUCUAAGGGAAGUAACGGGACUGCCCCGUUUGAGCUCACUUCAGACCAGUACUUUACGCAUCUUAGUUUGACUGUGACCUCUCCAGCUUGCUAACCAUAAACAAUGUUUCAUUUCA